AUGUCGCGCAUCGUUAAUGUUCAGGACGAAAAAUCUGAUGACAAAACUAAAAAACGUGUGUCCCGUAACCGUAAGACUGUUCCAAAAAACGCAAAAAAGAGUUCUGAUGUAAUUGAACAUAUUGAUGACAGUGAAAUCAAUGAAAAUAAUGAAAAUAAUGGAAUAGACGAAAAUUCCAAAUCAGACAAAACUAAAAAAAAAGUCACAAAAACUAAGGUAAAACCAAAGACUACGAAGAAAAAUGCCCAAAAAGAGAAAAUAACCCAAUUAGAAAGUGAAAACAACACAUUGCAAAAAACCGAGUCUGAAUCUGAAUCUGAAUCUGAAAAGGAAAAAGUAAAAGUUGCAAUUACGGAAAACAAUGAUGACAAUAAUAACAAUAAAAGUGACGAAACUGGGAGUGAAAGUGAAAGUGAAAGUGAUAGUGAGAGUGAGAGUGAGAGUGAGAGUGAGAGUGAGAGAGGUAAGAGUAAGAGUGGGAGUGAGAGUGAAAGUGAAAAUGAAAGUGAAAACGAUGUUGCUAAAUGCGGUAACAGCGGUGGAGACGAAACAGUUGAAAGUGUUAAAGGCAAUAAUAAGGAAAAUUCGUCUAAUUCAACUAUAACAAAUGCGAAUACUCGUGCUAAAACCGUAAAAUCAUUUCGUCCUUUUGGAAAGACUUACCAUCAUAACCACAAAAGUGAUGACAAUAACAGUAUCAAUGAAUAUAGUACAUGUGAUACAAAAAAUCCUCGCAGGCAUCGUACUUCUCUUGGAUUUGACUAUCAGGAGUGUAUUGAACAAAAUGGCAUCCGUAAAUUAAAAGAUUGUAAUACUGAAACUAUUUUAAAAUAUCUGAUUGCAUCAACUCAUUUUGAAGGUCAUGAAAAAAAAGACUUAUGUGGUGUUUUUAAAAAUACAUUGACAGGUAUAAAAGGAGAAACUAAACUCCCGUUCUUAACUAUUAGGGGCAGAGAUCAAAAUCAAAAUCAAAAUCAAAAUCAAAGGCGAAAUCACAGAUACAGUAAAAGGGAUGACCAAAGACGUGACGCGGAAAAUGGCCAAAGGGGUGACCGAAGGGGUGGCGAUGGCACAAGAUAUGAUCAAAGAUAUGACCAAAGGGACGACCAAUUUGAUAGUCAAAGAGAUAAUCAAAAUUAUGACCAAAGAGAUGGUGCAAUAAGUAGACAUGACAAUCAUCCAAUUGACGAAUUCAACGAUGAUAGCUAUAGAAACAACGAAUAUCAAAGAAAUAGUUCUAACAAUUAUUCUAGAAACGGGCAUAAUGGUUAUGUUAGGCACGGUCCAAGGAAUAAUCCGAGAGGACGUUCAAAAGACCGUCAAAGAAAUAAUUCAAUAGAUCUGCAACGAAAUAGUUCAAGAGAUUACCGACGAAACGAUUCAAGAGAUUGUUAUAGAAACAACUCAAGAAAUCGCUAUAGAAAUAGUUCAAGAGAUCGCCAUAGAAAUAGUUCAAUAGAUCGUCAAAGAUAUGGUGCUGGUGUUGGUUCUGGUGUUGGUGCUGGUUCUUCUGGUUCUGGUGUUGGUGCUGCUGGUAAUAGAUCAAGAUAUGACAAAAAUGACGACUCGUUUGACGGUACAAGGAACGAAUCGGUCGCUAAAUCAGUUAAUUGUCCUGAAAAUAAAUCGAAAUCUGACCAAUAUUAG